AUGGACAAAUCAUGUCACUCUCUAUUGGCUGCUACCUUUGAUCCACUUUUUUUUGGGGUCAAGAAAGUCAUUCAGCAUCAUGGACCUCAACUGUCUUCAGAACCUGGCAUGGAGCUUCAGAACCUGGUGGCUCACUCAAAGAGAUAAAAAAUAGCCAACUAUAAAGUCAUUGGGACAGAACAAGCUCAAUCAUCUGGUUUGUCCCUUUGGGAAACAUCUUCUGUUCUAGCUAAGCAGUCCAUCAAAAGGAGAAUGGAGCUAUUGCUACUGCCACUUUUUCUGCUUCUGGUUUCUGCUGGCAGGAAAGCAGCAAGUCUCUCAAAGGCAGUCGUGACCCUUCACCCACCAUGGUUCAGUAUACUCACGAAGGACCUUGUAACUCUAAGGUGUGAAGGGUCUGGCACGCCUGGAUACAACUCCACCCUUUGGUUCCACAAUGGCCUUAUUAUUCCAGUCCAAAGCCAGGACUACAACAUCAGAGCUGACACUACCAACUACAGUGGGGAGUACCAAUGCCAAACAAACCAGGCUGCCCUUAGUGAUCCUGUGAGGUUAGAAGUUUUUAAAGACUGGCUGCUACUCCAGACCUUGAAAUUAUUCUAUAUGGAAGGAGAGCCCAUGAUGCUGAAGUGCCAUAGCUGGGGAAAUAAACACAUAUCUAAAGUCACUUUCUACCAAAAUGGUGAAGGAAGGAAGUUUUUUCUACAUAAUUCCAACUUUUCCAUCAGUCAUGUGAACCAAGAUGACUCUGGAGAUUAUUUCUGUUCAGCAGCCAUAGGAAAUAGGAGGCAGAAUUCAACAGUGGUGAGAAUUACUGUCCAAGGUUCAAAUGCAUUCACAAUCUGGUACCACAUCACUUUCUACUUUGUGAUGGGAAUUCUGUUUUCAUUGGACACUGGUCUGUACUUCACACUUAAAAGAGAGACAAAUAACCUAAACAAGAACACAAGGAGCCCUGUAACCAAAUGGCAUAAAGAACUUGAAGAUAAAUGA